GAUUAAGCGAGUCGCAAAUGAAAAUAAUUACGUCAGAAUUCAAAAGAUCAAUAAAAAUUGCAUAAUUACGAAAGCACGUUAAUAGGAAAAUUAUAUUACAGUUAAGCAUUCCAAUUACGAAUAACGAUGCGAUUACAUAGCAGUGCAGUCUUUAUCAUUUCUAAUUACAUUUUUGUUAAUUAUUAAACACAACACAUAACUGCGGUAACAUUUGCUUAGUGACAUUGCAACAGCAAGUUUAUUGACUCAAAAACUGUGCUGAAUAUUUGAGUCUCCCAACAAUGUCAGAAAACUUCGCCGAGAUUGAGAAAUACUUAAGCCAGUUUGGCAGCGGCGACGUCAUCCUCUCAAACAAAUACUUCGACAAAGGCCUCGCCGUGAUUUACUUUAACAAUCCGGGAAAAAAGAACGCAAUCAGCGGCAAAAUGAUGGUCCAACUCCGGCAAUGCGUCCAGAAACUCGAAGAAUGGAAAGAGGGCAAAGCCGUGCUCCUCUGCGGCCUUGGGGGCAACUUCUGCUCGGGGGGCGAUCUCGAAUUCGCAAAAGCCUCCGGCACGCAAAAGGAAGCACUUUACAUGAGCAACUGGAUGCAAGACACCUUGACUCGUCUCCAGAAGCUCCCCAUGUUCAGCGUGUGUCUGAUCCAGGGCCCCACGCUGGGGGGCGGCACCGAAGUGUCGCUUUUUUGCGACUUUAUUAUCGCCACGGAGGAUGUCAAAUACAGCUUCAUUCACGGGAAAAUGGGGAUUAUAACAGCGUGGGGCGGAACGACGCGGCUCGUUGAGAAAAUCGGGGGCAAGAAAGCACUCAAUUUGUUACUCACGUCGCAGAUUUUGAACGCCCAGGGGUGUGUCGAGAACGGCAUCGCCGAUCAUGUGGUCCCCGUUGAGGACUGCUUAGCCAAAGCUAUGGAAUGGAUCGAUUUAAGACUCCAACACCAUCACCAAAUCAUUCGCUCCUUCAAAAAUUGUGUUAAUAAAGCCGUGAGGGAUACGUGGGAAAAUUCCCUAGCGUAUGAGAAAAGUCUUUUUUCCUUGACGUGGGGCAGCGAAAUGAACAAAGAAGCCUUAGCGAAAAACAUCAAACAUAUUAAAAUGAACAAUGGAAAUGCUAAAAUGUAAUUUUUUAUCAAUACAACAACAAAUCAGCGAUUUAAAUGUUUAUUAGCAGUAUAAAAAAACAUUAGAUACAUAAACGCUUAUACUAAA